AUGUUAGAAAUUCGAAUACUGAAGGAACUUUCUGGUCAUCCCUCAAUAAUAGAGUUUCACGGUGCUGCUCAACUGAAGAUACCUUCCGGAGGUGUAGAAUUCCUACUGUUGACGGAAUUAUGCCCAGGCGGUUCCGUCGCCGAUUUGAUGAAGAACUCCCGAAUAAGCCCGAAACAAGCUCUAAGGAUUUUCUAUGCAGCAGCCAGAGCCAUUUGCCAUAUGCAUGAGCGGAAAGUGCCCAUUACUCACCGUGAUAUGAAGAUUGAAAACUUACUGUUCGAUGCCACUGGACGAGUUAAGUUGUGUGAUUUUGGCAGUGCUACCGUACAAACAUUCCAUCCUGAUGAAACAUGGAAUAUUACGAGAAGAACGCAGUUAGAAGAAGAGAUGCAAAGGCACACAACUCCUAUGUACCGAGCUCCAGAAAUUCUAGACACGUAUCAAAAUUAUGUUGUUGGUCCACAGCAAGAUAUCUGGGUAAAUUUAUCAGUAAUCUCACUCCUUAUCUAGUU